GGGGCCCGUGGCGCGCGCGCGGCCGCCCCUCGGCCCCGGAGCCCCUCGGCGGCGCCACCAUGUACUCGGGAGCCGGCCCCGGAGAUAAUUGACGUGUUCCUUUACUAAGGACCUCAUCACACCUGGCAGCUUUUCCUACACGGUAGCUGUUAAACUUCCCAUUCUCACUUUGUUCCUGGGCUAAUUCUGAAGCCUUUGAGCAGUGCUUGCGCCUCCUGUGCCGCCGCCGCCCAUCCAAGGAUAUGCCUUCAAGCCUCCACCUAGACCCGACUUUGGGACCUCCGGGAGAACAAUCAAAUUGCAGGCCAAUUUCUUCGAAAUGGACAUCCCCAAAAUUGACAUCUAUCAUUAUGAAUUGGAUAUCAAGCCAGAGAAGUGCCCAAGGAGAGUUAACAGGGAAAUAGUGGAACAUAUGGUCCAGCACUUUAAAACACAGAUCUUUGGGGAUCGGAAACCAGUGUUUGAUGGAAGGAAGAAUCUUUAUACAGCUAUGCCCCUUCCAAUUGGGAGGGAUAAAGUGGAGCUGGAGGUCACGCUGCCAGGAGAAGGCAAAGAUCGAAUCUUCAAGGUGUCCAUCAAGUGGGUGUCCUGCGUGAGCCUGCAGGCAUUACACGAUGCACUUUCAGGGCGGCUGCCCAGUGUCCCCUUUGAGACGAUCCAGGCCCUGGACGUGGUCAUGAGGCAUCUACCAUCCAUGAGGUACACCCCUGUGGGCCGCUCCUUCUUCACCGCAUCUGAGGGCUGCUCCAACCCUCUUGGUGGGGGCCGAGAAGUGUGGUUUGGCUUCCAUCAGUCCGUCCGACCUUCUCUUUGGAAAAUGAUGCUGAAUAUUGAUGUGUCAGCCACAGCAUUCUACAAGGCACAGCCAGUAAUCGAGUUUGUUUGUGAAGUUUUGGAUUUUAAAAGUAUUGAAGAACAACAAAAACCUCUGACAGAUUCCCAAAGGGUGAAGUUUACCAAAGAAAUUAAAGGUCUCAAGGUGGAGAUAACGCACUGUGGGCAGAUGAAGAGGAAGUACCGCGUCUGCAACGUGACCCGACGUCCUGCCAGUCACCAAACGUUCCCGCUGCAGCAGGAGAGCGGGCAGACGGUAGAGUGCACAGUGGCCCAGUACUUCAAGGACAGGCACAAGCUGGUUCUGCGCUACCCCCACCUCCCAUGUUUACAAGUCGGACAAGAGCAGAAACACACCUACCUUCCUUUGGAGGUCUGUAACAUAGUGGCAGGACAGAGAUGCAUUAAAAAAUUGACGGACAAUCAGACCUCAACCAUGAUCAGAGCCACUGCCCGAUCAGCACCUGAUCGGCAAGAAGAGAUUAGCAAAUUGAUGCGAAGUGCAAGUUUUAACACAGAUCCAUACGUUCGGGAAUUUGGAAUCAUGGUCAAAGAUGAGAUGACAGAUGUGACCGGGCGGGUCCUGCAGCCUCCUUCCAUCCUCUACGGGGGCAGGAAUAAAGCAAUUGCCACCCCUGUCCAGGGCGUCUGGGACAUGAGGAACAAGCAGUUCCACACGGGCAUUGAGAUCAAGGUGUGGGCCAUCGCGUGCUUUGCCCCCCAGCGCCAGUGCACGGAGGUUCACCUGAAGUCCUUCACAGAGCAGCUCAGAAAGAUCUCCAGAGAUGCUGGGAUGCCAAUCCAGGGCCAGCCAUGUUUCUGUAAAUAUGCCCAGGGGGCAGACAGCGUGGAGCCCAUGUUCCGGCACCUGAAGAACACAUAUGCCGGCCUGCAGCUGGUAGUGGUCAUCCUGCCUGGCAAGACCCCAGUUUAUGCCGAAGUCAAGCGUGUGGGAGACACAGUGCUAGGGAUGGCCACACAGUGUGUACAGAUGAAGAACGUACAAAGAACCACGCCACAGACCUUGUCCAACCUCUGCCUGAAGAUCAAUGUCAAGCUGGGUGGUGUAAACAACAUCCUGCUGCCCCAGGGCAGGCCUCCAGUGUUCCAGCAGCCCGUCAUCUUCCUGGGGGCAGAUGUCACUCACCCACCUGCUGGGGAUGGGAAGAAACCUUCGAUCGCUGCCGUCGUGGGCAGCAUGGACGCCCACCCCAACCGCUACUGUGCCACAGUGCGCGUGCAGCAGCACCGGCAGGAGAUCAUCCAGGACCUGGCGGCCAUGGUGCGUGAGCUGCUCAUCCAGUUCUACAAGUCCACGCGCUUCAAGCCCACCCGCAUCAUCUUCUACCGCGAUGGCGUCUCUGAAGGGCAGUUCCAGCAGGUUCUGCACCACGAGCUGCUGGCCAUCCGCGAGGCCUGUAUCAAGCUGGAGAAGGACUACCAGCCAGGAAUCACCUUCAUCGUGGUGCAGAAGAGGCAUCACACCCGCCUCUUCUGCACCGACAAGAAUGAGCGGGUUGGGAAAAGUGGAAACAUUCCAGCAGGCACUACUGUGGACACGAAAAUCACCCACCCGACCGAGUUUGACUUCUACUUGUGUAGUCACGCUGGCAUCCAGGGGACAAGCAGGCCUUCCCACUAUCAUGUCCUUUGGGAUGACAAUCGUUUCUCUUCCGAUGAGCUACAGAUUCUAACCUACCAGCUGUGUCACACCUACGUGCGCUGCACACGUUCCGUGUCCAUCCCAGCGCCAGCAUACUAUGCUCACCUGGUGGCCUUCCGGGCCAGGUACCACCUGGUGGAUAAAGAACAUGACAGUGCUGAAGGAAGCCAUACCUCUGGGCAGAGUAACGGGCGAGACCACCAGGCACUGGCCAAGGCAGUCCAGGUUCAUCAGGACACGCUGCGCACCAUGUACUUUGCUUGACAUGUUUUAGUGUUUAGCGAUUGUAUACCGAGUUGGAUUCACAUGAGACCAGCUACACUCAGACCAACAGACGCCCAGCCCUUCCGUGACAGCCAGCAUCGACUAUGAGACGUCAUCGAUCUUAUCCAUUCUCUGGAAUGCCUUCCGUCCUAGAUUUCAGACUUGGAUUUUGAACUGCAGACCUGUAUGAGGCCCACUUGUCGUAGGAAGUGUGGUUUGCCAAAAUCUGUACGCUGCUUAUUAAAAUAGAGUCCCGUGUUUCCUAAAAUCUCCUAAAACCAGUCUAUGAACUCAGGGCUUUAAAACAUUUUUAAUUUAUUUGGUCAUUCAAUUUACUUGUUUUUAACACAUGAUUCUCUAUGAAAUUGAUGGGCUCGAACUAGUUGUGCGCGUUCUCUGAGAGCGAAAGCAACACAAAACACGAUGUGGUUUUAAAGCCUUGAACCUUCUGAGGUUGUCACCAAGUUCAUUUCCAAGUAAUGCUCGUGUGCUCCCGCCGUGGCUUACACAAGCUCUUUGGGACCGAGGGCAGGUGGCCCUGUCAAGGUGUCCAGGGGUCUCCGUCUGCCUGCCACUGCGCCUUUCACUCAGCCUGAACUAGGAGCGGUGGCAGGAGACGGGCCGCAGUGUUUGAAGCAUUCACGGGUCCAGAAAGAUUGGCAGACUAGUGCCAUUUUAGUAAAAAUUUAUUUAAAAAAGAAAAAAGACAAUAUACCGACAGUCUAAUCAUAAGAUUUGUCCUAUAGGACUGUGACAUUUAUUUUCCAAAGUUUCUAAAGAAUACGGGUCUGUGGUGAUAAAUACAGUACAAUCCUUUUUCACUGUUAUGUCUUUAAUGUAAGAGAAAAAAUAUAUAUAUCUGGUUUGCAGUAUUAAUGUGAUAGAUGCUGUUUUUCAUUUUAUUGACUAUGGGGUGCUUCUUGUGAUCUGUUUAGCAUAUCAGGAGUGUUUUGGAGCCUGGAGAUUGGACCACCUCUUGUGGUUCUUAGUGCUACGUACAGGAAUAUGCAACUGACUCAAUGUGACAGUGAUCCGCCUCCCCCAGUGUAGAGUGUAUAGCCUGUACCUUCAGAAGGACGAGUGUGCUCCCGCGGUCACUCGCUGCCCUCCCUGCUGCCUCCUCCCCACGUGUCGCUCAGCCGAAGAAGCACAAAUGGGAUUUAUUUAUUCUUCCAUUGCUGGGAAACAAGUUCACGCCUCACCUCAGAGUGCACUUCCCUCUCUGUGUAGUUUUGUCGGGCGAGUUUUAUAGGAUCUGUGCACUGAAACACGUCGCCAGCUGUUGGCAGUGGCUCUCCGCUGGGCAGGAGGCCAGCGGUUGGAGCAAUGGCACCUGCCCGCAGGAGGCUCACCUGUGGCCAGGCCAGCAGCGGGCAUGGGCCGUUUCUGCUGGGCACUGGGUUCGGGGCCCCAGAUGUGGGUUUGCCAAUCUGGAAACCAUUGCACUAAGAGUGACACCACAGACAAUGUGAAAGGAUGACAGCAGAGAGCUCUGUUUGUGCUGAAUGGGCUUUUUGUCCUUGUCCACAAUUUUGUAUGAUCAAAUCCAUGUUCCACGUAGAGGUUGAGGAAGGAGACCAGCCUUCCCCUAGUGCUGCUUUGUGCUCUGUAGUUUCCCUCUCUCCCUGCUGAUGUCCCCUCCCCAGCCCUGCGUGACAUUUACCUCUGGCACUGCAGGGGAGGGAAGGUCCCAGUGGCGGUGCCUCAAGCUCGAGCAAGCAAUUGCCCACCUCUGCCUUCGCUGCUGGCCUGCUUUGGAGAUGGCAGGAGUCGGGGGGGAGACAGCGCGCCGCGGGUGGAGCGUCCCAGACACUUCACCUGAAUUUUGGCAGCAACGACAAAGGGAUUACUAUUAUUUGUGAAGAUAUAUACUCGGAGUGGUGUGCGCGUGUGUGUGUCUGUGUGUGCAUGUGGGUGUCUUAUUAACAGCAUUAGUCUCUUCUUGCUGUAUCUUUUUUUUUAAAAAUAUCUUUUUAAACGACGGAAGUCUCUACUCUAAGAAACAUUGCAACUCCUUAUCAUUGUAUUGGCCAGUGGCACUUUUCUCCUGUUUUCAGAAGGAUAUGAAUACGCUCUUAGCUUAAAUUGCCAGCCACAUUCAGACUAAGGUGGGAAUCUUUUGACUAAUAAACUUUAAAAAUCUGAAAUUAGGUUAGUUUUCAGCCAUUUUUAGAAUCAUCUGGAACCAUAUGUCUCAAAGUUGUGUUUCUGCCACCUGCAGCAGGGUCUCAGUAGUCAGGGGAAUGAAUGGUGGUUCUGGUUCAAGAUGCGACUCCUGGGCCUGCUGCAAACCUCCUGAGUCAGGUUCUCUGGGGCUGGGCCUGGGCAUCUGCAGUUUAAACAGUCACUUGUCACUUGGGGCUUGCUGAAGCCUGAGGGCCCUGCUUUCUCAAGAAUGUUCUCCUUGGAGCACUGAGGGACCAGAAGGGAGGGACUCCUCAGCAGUGACGGGAGGUGUUUUCUAGCCGAUACCUGGGAAAGCUUGCAGGCUGGCAGGAAAUUAGACCUAUGAAUUAUGAAUUGUUGGGUUUUUUUUUUUGGAAGGAAAAGUUUUUUUCAGUGGGACAAAGUACUUUGAGAAGGGUACUUUUUACAGCCCUGUGCUUGUUUUAUAAAACUUUUAAUACUAAAAACAUUAAUAGGCCAAAUGUCUUUGGUUGAGUUAGCUAUACCUUUAUACAUGGCUGAUGAUUCAGAAUUUAAAUGGCUGUAGUUACAAUUUCUCAGGUAAAUAAUUGUUUUCCCAAAUUUCUACCAAUCUCCCCCAUUAUUAGGAUAAAGUUUUGAGACAGUGUAAAACCUCAAAGUGCAGUAGGUUAAGUCCCAGCCCUGUUCACAUGGAAGCCAGAAGCGGACCCCUCCCUGUCUUCUGAUUGUGUUGGGCCCACUGAACACAGAGCUGCCUCCAGGCUGGGCUGCAGGGCUCCACAGGCAUCGCCUUUCUUCUCCUGGGUCUGGUCUGUCUCCCAAGGCAGUGGGGCCCUUUCAGAUUGGAGGGGUGCCCACUCGCUGGCUUUGUCCCCACCCCAUGCUAAGUAAGGUGUGCCUUGCUUUCAGCAAACUGAAUGUGAAAAUUAUGAUGUAGAAAUCUGGGUUCAUUUGAAAGAAAAACUGGGACUCUUUAAAAGAGGACUCCCAAUUAAAUUCCUGUACUGGGACUCUUCCUAGUUUAUUUUAAAAUGCUUACUUUUUUAAAACAAUAAUGUACUCCUGUCCGUUUACCGUUAUUACAUUAGACAAGUUCUCGUGAUAACUAAGCGAUUAAAGAAACCCAGGGGAGCCAUUUGAAGCCGCUGUUUUGUAUAAGAGCCCUUUGGUAAUGCAAAUACACCAUCCUGUCCCUUGUGUAUUAUAAGCUCAGAUUUUCCUAGCUCAGAUAAAUUUUGUAAAACGGGGCAUACCUGUACUUUUAGAAAGGGAUUGUUUGUUUUGGUUUUCUCUGUUUGAAGAAGUCUUUACAUACACACUUUUGAUACUACAUUUAGGGUCUGCCCCCCCCACCCCAAGAUUAUGUUGCUUUCCAGUCGUGUUCUCAUACUCCCUUGAAUGAAUGUCUGCACUCUCUAGAACCACGAAUGGCGCGUGGCCAUGGCAUUAGCUUGCCCAAGAUAGGACUGUUGGGGCGGGAGUGCUUUCCAUGCUUUUGGAGGCCGGCCUAGACACCGGCUUACUGAUGCUUAUCCCUUUACUGAGUGCCCAUUAGAAAAGACAAUUUAAGUUCAGUUCCUGUAGCAGGGUUGGGGGGGAGUUUUAUUGUUGUUGUUGUAUGUUAUUUUAUUGUUGUUAAAUGCAAAUGUUGCUAUUUAUUUUUUCCUUUCCGCUCCGCUUUGGUUUGGCCGACGUGGAUAUUCCAAUGCAUGUGGUACCUUAUGGGUAUGAUAGAAAUUAUUUUCCCCAACUUUUAUAAAUUACCUAAUGUUUACCUUCAAGUUUGCUGGAUGAUUUAUUUUUGAAAGCCACAAAUGUAAUUUUUCUGGAUGAAUUGUUUUUCUUACAUAUGCAGCAAUGUAAUUUUACAUUGACCUGCGGGGUGAUUUAAAUUUUAUUUUUACAAGGCAAUUUUUCAGUCAAAUUAUAUAUUUGAUACAAUAGGUUAAGGGUAGACCAGCCAAGCAUCAUACAGCUGAGACACCAGCGUGUCUCAAGGACGCCUUCAGGGGCUGGCGGCUUCUCUCGGUUGCUCAUGGUCACGGUGGCGCUUGGCUUGUCUCAUGAGCCUUCAGGAACUGGAUGAAGUCCUUCAAUGUGACUUUGCUCUGUUGGACAGUUAAAAGAACUUUUCAUGGGCAUUUUCCUAUACCUAAGGCAGUUCCAUUAGGAGGAGCUUUAGAAGUUGAACUAAUCCAGACAGUGGACAAUCCCAGUGGCCCAGACAAGCCAUAAGAAAUUUUCCUGUGACCUCUCUUUGACUCAUCUCUCAUGAGAAAAGGAAUGUACAGUAAAUAGAAACAGAAACUUCCUCAGUGUUCAUGCGCCUCACUUGCAGAAUGCAAAUAUUUUAUUUAUAUUUUAAACCCUUCCCCAAAGUGACCGAGAAUAUUUUCUCUAGCUGCCGUGCCAGCAGUUUCAGCUGCUGUGAUGUUUUUCACUGUAGACACAGUGCACAUGUGACUUUGUAAUGGGGUGUCCGUGUUAUACACACAUGCUCUUUUUUGUAAGGAAAAUUUUCAGUUCAAAAUAAUUGCACUGAUUUUUUGACAAAUUCUUUUUAUUAUGUCCAACUUUGCAUCUGCUGUACUUGUUUGAAAUGAUUGUAAAUAGAUUUAUGGUAGCAGAAAUUAUAUGAAAACAACACGUUGCUUUGAUUUAGUGAUACUGCCACAUUUUUCAGUAUUAUGUAUUAGAGUUGUGCGGACUUAAUUGUUUUCUUCUCUUUAGCCUUGUGUCUGUUGACCAUUCAUGAAGGACAAAUUAGCCCCAUUUUCUUAUUUUUCUGAAAGGAAGUUUUCAAUCUCUUAGGAGAGUAUGUAUGCUCUCUUGCUGUCUGAAGAUUCAAUUUUAAGAGGACUGAUUGUAAAUCUUUUGAACACUUUUUUGGUCUGUUUAAUUUCUUGUUAUUUGCCAUGGCUCCCUUUGUAAAGCAUUCGCUUCUAGUUCCAUCCAGUCUUGGACAGUCCAGCCAGGAAGCACCUGUGUGUCCUGUGUUACGAGGAUGCGAGGGCCUCCCUUGCGUCUCGGGUCAGCUGUCAUUUUAAAGCCAUGUGGUCACCAUUGUGUCAGGACUGUAGUGCGUGGCGGCAUCCAUAGAUGCCAGACAUGGGAAGCCCAGCGCUGUCCCCAUCUGCCUUGUGGUUUUGCUAAAUUCAAAGUGUGUGCUCCACUCACAUCGUGUGAGUCUGUCCAUGGUCAGGCUACCUAGUGUCGGAUACAGAAAGGAGCUUUUAAUCCCAAACUGGUCACCUGUAUGUGUGUUCAUGUCACAUCAAUGCCAUCAUGGUGCCCUCUCUUAUGCUUCUUUGGAUAUGUUUUGCCAUUUUAUUGUCUAAAGUGAAUGUAUUGGCUUAGCCAAAUCACUACAGAAGGUGAUUUCUAAAUACUUUUUAUUUAAAAAAAAAAAAAAAAAAAAAACUGCAGAUAAAGGCUACCUCUGAAUUCUCAAUAGAUACAUGUUUGCUCUUAAAUGUAGCUAUCCACACUGAAAAUAGCCAAAAUGUUGCCUGAAUAAACUGAAUUGUGAACAUCCAUCUGUUCAGUUCUGGCUUGAAAAUCUGUGUGCCAUACUGUGACCAUGGCAGCCCCUCCUCCUCCUCGUCCUCUGCUGUCUCAGGUGGACCAGGGGCUCCUCAGCGCUACCCACCUGAGAUUCUGGGACUCUUGAGAGGCCAGCAGGAGUGAAAUGGAAGGGCUUUUCUGCCUGCUAUCCUCCCAGGUUGGCAAGAGUGUCCGUGCAGGGCCCUGUGUGGUGAAACCUUCUGUCAGUCUGUGUCCUGCCUGGCUUUUGACUUACCUGUUUAGUAAUACAAGAAAGCACUUUUUUUGUUUUUGCUUUAUGUAUGAAUGGGUUGAAAAUGGCUUCCUCUUCUCCCUUUAUGUACACUCUGUAAAAUCCCAAAGGUGCUUAAAUGCUGACUCUGUUGCAAAUAAUACAUUUGAAAUAGUUGUGUGGUUUCAAAAGACAGUGCAGACGUGAUUGACCUCUGACAUUGGGCCUUGAGUUACUAGCACUCCCUGCUUAAAAAUGAACUAAGGGUUGAAAGCAAAUCAUUUUGUUUAAAUCCAGGGCCCUUUGUUGAAAAGAACACAGGGUCCGCAGCUGGCAUCUUGAAGUACAAGUCCCCACUAGUGGCGCAGCGGGCCACCUAAUGCUGGCUUGCAGGACAUCUAUCUUGGGAGAACUGAGGGUUCUGAACGCCCCUCCUGGUAAUUAACCACUUUGCUGUCAGAAACGUCAUUUACCCACAGCCUGUACUGUGGACCAUCCGAUGUCCCUCUGGCCACCUCUUCUUUGUGUAGGUUCCUUAAGUUCUCUAAUCUUCAGAAGGUUAGUGUGUGCUCCAGAACACCUUCACUGGUUCGCUUUGGAAUUCUUGAGGGCCAGGCAGACAGACUGUUUUGUAAUUCCAGAUGUCUGGGUGUUUGGAGGUGGCUCUCUUCUCAUGUUGGACGCUCAUCAGACAUUGACUUUGGCCCAGAGGGGUUCUAAUACAUCAUUACCUGCAAGUGACUGCCUUGAACGCUGGUGUUAUGGGUUUUGAUGCUUUUUAUGCUACGUGGCGUGCUGUAAUUUUGAAUGAGCCAAGUGUCCUUUGCGGUCUUUCUAAGAAUGUUUUGUAAUUCUGCCAUCAUACUGUUCUGUAUAUAGAAACCACCCCAAGAAGCAGGGACAUUUCGGGCAGGUGCCCGCACGUCUGCUGACCUGCUUCCCUGGCUGCUGGGGUCCUCUGGGUUGGCCUCGGUGUUCAGCCAGACUCUGACACAGGGUGUUUGGAGGACCCUGUGCAGCAGCUCCUCCUCCGUUCAGCAGUGCGAACUUGCUCUCGGGUCAGCUUGUCAGCUUUUUGCUCGUGUGUCUCCAAGACGCUCAGGUGGGCCUCUCCCACCAUCUUUGCAUUCAUGAAAGAUUGUUCAAAAACGAGGGAACUGAAGAUCACUGGUGCUUUUGUUACUGUUUUUCUAUCUGACUGGCUGCUGUGAAAGAUUUAGAUGUGUUAGGUCUUUAAAUGCCCUUGGUGGUAUGGCUGAAGGGUUCAGUCCUAACUUCACCCUGUCCCCUUUUCUCAGGGGUGGAGGGGGCUGGAUUAUCUCCUAUUUAAAGCCUCCUUGGAUUUCAGUAGUUCAGAGUUAAAGCUAAAACACCAAAUAUUAACUCUUUCCCCCCAUGUCCAGAGGAACUAGAUGUUGAGGAUAUCCUCAUUCAGUCCUUUCUGCAUCUCCAAGGGUCCUUAGAAUCAGUGAGUUGAUCCCCAGAACACCUUACGCCACCGGCCAUGGGUGCAGUGUAGACCCCUUGACCAGGGAGGUACUGUGGGCAGGCCUAGGCUCCUUUGACCUCUGGGGAUGGUGUGUGCAACCUCGAGUGCUUGGAGAGGGCAGGCCCCUCUGUCCCGAGAAGCAGGUGGCUCCCAGGCCUUCCUCUGGUUCCCAUCGGUGCCAGCCUGAGUGUGUUCUGGAAGACCCAGCCUCAGACUCUGUGCCUUUAAAGUCCGGUCCUCAGUGUCCUUUCAGAAUCAUGUUGGGCUGCAUUUUUAUUGGGAAAUAAGCCUGUGCCGUCCCUCAAGUCAGUCAUCGGCCUCCCACCUUGGAAGCUGCUGCUCUCUGCUCCUUGGCCCCGGCCUGUCAGCUGACACCACGCAGCCUAGCUGCCUGCACUCUAGUUGCACGCUUCUCCCGCACCCUCACCAGGUCCACUCCACUGGGAUUGCCGGAGGCUGGUGCGAGACCCAUCUCUUAGUCAGGCAUUGACCAUGGCCAUCAGCAAAACCUGGUGGUUUUGUUCUCAUAGUCACUCAAUAAGAAUAUUCAUUGUAAUGGGUGUAGAUUUUUAAAAAAGUAAUUGGAAUCAUGUCUUUAUAAAGUGUGCGUGCAGUCCUCAGAUGGAAGGUGUUAUUCAGUCCUACUGCUCUUAUUUUGGAGUGCUUUUCUUUACUGUUGCUGUGUUGUGACUUUUGGGAAACUGCUUACUUGGGUGUAGUGUCAGCUCGAAGCUGUGCACACAGCACUGCAGUUGUGACGGGCCUGACAUGCAGUUUUAUCUAACGUUUUAAGCCAGGUCUUGAGUAGUUUCUUUGCCAGUGGUCUGAUUAAAACUCACCCUCCCUGUCAAAGGAUGACCUUCUUUUUAAGUGGAGAAAUAAUCCAAUGUAUUUAUUUUUUAAAUAUACAGAAAAUCCUUUCUGGUGGCUGCUCUGGGCCUUCCCUGUCCCCAGUCCCUCCAUUCUGAAAGGCAGUGAAGGCCUUUCCCUGGCAGGCCGCGGCCGCAUGGGGAUGGCACGUGAACAGUUUCGCUUCCUCUCCAAAGCCAGACGUAUGUGACUCAAACACUAAAGUACAUAGUUGAGCAUUUAACUGAAAUUUGAAUCCCACGUUUGAUAGUGGAUUUUAACGUGAUUGUCAGAGGUAUGAAUUCGUGUUUUAGAACUGUAGAAGCAAGCAAGUUUUUAUUUUUUAAAAAGUUUUAAGAGGAUAAUUUUAAGUUUCUGUGCAGCAAAGUGGCUAAUUACUCAUUAAAUACAAGAAGAGAAUGUAGAAGAAAUCCAGACUUUUCUUACCUCUGGUACACUCCACAUUACUUACCUAACAGGUAUUGAGGGCUUGUAGCCCUGACUUUUAUCAAUUUUUCUAGUUUUAUUUUAUUUUUAUAAAAUAAUUGAAAGAACCAAAAAUGAAUUCAGAAGUUCCAUAGGUGGAUCUUGCCCCUUCUUAAUUCUCCCCCACAGUAGAACAGUUUAGAAGACACUUUGAAUCAAAAUGUAUUAUGACCAUUUAAAGUUUACUAUGUUCUAGGAAGGUGAGCAGCUGAAAGGGCCUCGUUUCAGGUGGUAUUCUGUGUAUUGUCUACACCCUCGUUUGUACCUGUACAGUGGAUUUACACGACGAUGUCUUGUGCUUGCAGUAUAGAACCAUGCAGUGCUGUUUUGUGAAUUGACAGUUCCUGUAUAACUAUUAUUUAUAUACAUUGGCCUCUCUGUAUAAUUUUUCAUUUGCUACAUGGAUUGUAAAAUUAAUUAUAAAAUUACAGUAUCUACUAAAUACAA